AUGAGCGAGAUUGUCCACCCCACUAUCAAGGAUGGCUGGUUCUCUGAGAAGUCCGACAUGUGGCCUGGCCAGGCCAUGAACCUCAAGGUCAACCAGAUCCUCCACCACGAGAAGUCCAAGUACCAGGAUGUUCUUGUUUUCGAGAGCAGCGACUACGGCACGGUUCUGGUCCUGGACAACGUUAUCCAAUGCACUGAGAGAGACGAGUUCUCCUACCAGGAGAUGAUCACCCACCUGGCCAUGAUGUCCCACCCCAACCCUAAGAAGGUCCUUGUCAUCGGUGGCGGUGACGGUGGUGUCCUGCGUGAGGUUGUCAAGCACGAGAGUGUCGAGGAGGCUGUCCUCUGCGACAUUGACGAGGCCGUCAUUCGUGUUUCCAAGAAGUACCUCCCGGGUAUGAGCAUCGGCUUCCAGCACCCCAACGCCAAGGUCCACGUCGGCGAUGGCUUCGAGUUCCUUAAGCACCACAAGAACGAGUUCGACGUUAUCAUCACCGAUAGCUCUGACCCGGAGGGUCCCGCCGAAUCUCUCUUCCAGAAGCCCUACUUUGAGCUUCUCAACGAGGCCCUCCGUGAAGGAGGUGUCAUUACUACCCAAGCUGAGAACCAAUGGCUCCACCUCUCCCUGAUUGCCAACCUCAAGAAGUCUUGCAAGGAAGUCUUCCCUGUCGCCGAAUACGCCUUCACCACCAUCCCCACCUACCCCUCCGGCCAGAUCGGCUUCAUGGUCUGCUGCAAGGACGCCACCCGCAACCUGCGUGUUCCCGUCCGCACCUGGACCCGCGAGGAGGAGGACCGCCUGUGCCGCUACUACAACAAGGAGGUCCACAGCGCGAGCUUCGUUCUCCCGAGCUUCGCCCGCAAGGCUCUUGAGUAAAUUCAGGAAAAAGAAUAUUCUAUAAAAGUCAAGCAUCCAUGUGUAGGGAUUAUAAGUAAUUUCUUUAGUCAAUGAACCAUGAUAUCCCUCUCGGAGACAAAUAUACGAUAGAUGAAAAAGAGCUUACUCCUAAAUUAUAUAUAAACCUUUUUUAACAAGUAUGAUUUUUUUUUUGCACAUAACAUCUAGAUCUAAUCAUUUAAGAAAAGGGCGUGUGUGCGCGUUAAAGAUACCGAAAAAAAAAGACGGCGGGGGAAAAAACAUAGUAGGAUCAUUAAUCAUAGGACAUGGUCCUAUUUUUCAUCAAAAAAUAUAGAAAAGAGGAGAAAAAAAAAGGAAGGAAGAGAAGACUGUUUACAGGAUCUGCUGGAAGGCGCGGUUGACCGGGGAGCGGACAGAGUGACCCUUGUAGAACUCGAUGGUGCUGAUGGCGCGCUUGGAGAUACCCUCAGGGGUGAACUCGAAGC